AUGCUGGAAUGCCUUGUAUUUGUUUCUAUUGUGGUCCUGGUGGUUGUUUUUUGGCCAUGUGCCACGUACUUUUGCACGGGAGUACAGACGGGCGCGCGUUUGUGGGGACAGGGAGUAACACGCGCGCUGGAAAAUGACUCCAAAAACGAUGACUUUACGCACGGGAAUCCUGACGUUAAAGCGGACUCAGUUGCAUUCGUGUGCAAACCGUCCGCUCUGGCCAACUACUUGGUGAAACAUUGCAGAAGUUUUUGCCACUAUAGCCCCUGCGAGGGCUGGACGUGGAGGGCAAGCGCCGUGCUGCAGAGCGUGUUCGAAGCGUGUUGGCCGUACCACAGUGAGGUCCAGUUCGUGCGGGAUAACCUCCAGCUCAGCGACGAGGGCUUGGUGGCACUGGACUGGGCAGUGCCAUCAUACCAGAGGCGGCGCAGGACGUCCAGCCACUCUUCCAGCCCAGUGCUGCUCAUCGUGCCAAAUUCGUUCGGGAAGAUCACGAGAAAUGUGCAAAAGUUAUGUGAAACAGCCCUGUUCCAUGGAUACCUUCCCGUAGUUUUUAAUCGGCGUGGCCACAAUGGGACCCCCCUCACCUCGGUCAAGCUGCAGCAGUUCGGGGACCCCUCAGACCUCCGGGAGGCAGUGCGCUACAUCCGCCACCGGCAGCCUGCGGGACGCCUGUAUGCAGUGAGCGAGAGCACCGGAGCGGGGCUGCUGCUGUCCUACCUGGGGGAGUGUGGCUCUUCCAGCUAUGUGACUGCGGCCGUGUGCCUGUCCCCGGUGUUCCGUUGCCAGAGCUGGUUUGAGAGAGGGCUGUGGUGGCCCCUGCAGUGGGGCGUCGCACUGUACCAGAAGAUGGGCCUCUGCAGGUACCGGAGCGCAUUGGCCCAAGUCCUCCAAGCAGAAGGCCUGUUUUCCAUGUCCUCCAUAAGAGGCAUAGAAGAAGCUCUAUUUUGCCAAAGCUCAACAAUAGCACCACCUACAGGAAGCGACCUUUCAUGGGACAGCUACUGGGAACACAAUGAACCUUUGAGAGACGUAGACGAGGUGGCAAUCCCAGUGUUGAGCGUAUGUGCAAAGGACGACCCAAUUCGAGGCGAUGCCAGCUUCUCUAGCACAUUUCCGAACACAUACGGGGAUGUGACGGGGACUAAUUGCGACAAAGGCAAGCAAGACAUGAACUGGAGUCACAAAACCAUGCUAGAAUUCUUCAGGGCUACCACAGACUUCUUUGCCACUGAGGAGAGAUCUAAGCAGCUCGCAGCGAGGAGGAGAGGGUUAGGUGGGGUCACAGGAGGCAGGGCAUUCCGCAACCGGAGUAUUAGCACUUGUAAGCGCGUGCCGGCCUGCUCCCACAACAUUCAUGCUAUUUACAACUGGCAACGAUCCUAUACGCGGUGA